ACGCAGGAGCACAUGCCAGUGCUGACGACCGUUCCGGGAAGGACCAGUGAAAUCCAGCCAACCGGGGAGCACAGUCGUGCAGAGGGUUCCGUCUGGCCAGUUGGAGCGACUACUCCGAAAUCUAGGCCGUCUUCGGCAAAACAUGACAGUCCGGCUUUCUUCGUCCAAGCCUCUCAACUACCUUGUGAUCCUGGCCUUGUUCGAGUGGAGAUUGCGGACGAGGGAGAAUCCACCAACCCGAUUACACCGUUCACGAUUGUCAAUGAGGGUGAGCCGCUUGGACAUCCCAUAGACCAGAAAUCAGAGGCCUCACAGCGCCAUGCUUCCUCGGUACGGAUAUCUCAAUGCGAAGUCAAAAAGCAAGAUGCCUCGGUAUCGCAGGCAGAGGGCUCUCCCAAUAAGGGCCAAGGACUGAUGAGACGACGAGGCACUUUUAGCUUCCCGUUCUGGAGGCGCCGCUCCCGUUUACGCAGGAGCAGCAAGGGUGAAGAAGUGAGCGACACCCCUUCACCGAACAGCAUCUCUUCUAGGCUAUUUCGCAACCUGGGGCUCAUCGCCAGCAGGCUGACCGUAAGGCGAAUCUCUACGGUGCAACAGAAGCAGGGCGACGAAGACGCUGGCCUUGCGAAACGAGUCCUUGUCCCAGGUUCACCCUCUACUAGCACAGAAACACCACUUAACCCUGUACCCGUGGUCCGUUCCAUGCAGAAAUACCCAGCUGUUUCACAAAAUUACCUUGCCGCUGCUUCUACAGAGAAUACCGUCUCCACCGGCAGUUCCACUGCGAUUGUACCCACCGUCAUUGCCACAGGUAGCAACUUAUCAGACCUUCCUUCGAGUGCUGCUGUCGCAAUUACGUCUUCGAACCUGGGUGAGCACGAUGCGUUGGUCCCGUCGUACGAGUCGGCUUCCGUCCGUCCAACCAAGCUCGUUGGCCAGGAGCGAUCUUCACAUUGUCACACGCCGGUGCGCCGAAAGAAAUUAUCCAGCGCUGGCCUUCUUAAGGCCAAAUAUGGACGUAGAUAUGCGCCCCGUCAAGAAAGUGGACGAGAUGGCGGACCAACCACAUGAAAAGCCGAUUUACGAGAGAUCGAGUAGGGAGCGUCGCAAGGAGAGUGACAUGGUUGCUACCGUUAUCGCCGCUAACACACAGGAAGACGCCGCAAAGCGCCACAAGAAUAAGACCCGUGGUGCCGAAUCAGUGGACAAGAAAAUUGAGUCCAGAGAGCAUUCAUAUAUGGACAACUCCACUGUCCGAAAGAAACGCAAAUUGUCUCGAAAAAAAAGCAAGGACUCUGCAGCAAGUCCAUCUGAGCCAGCGUGGGAACAAGGAUCGCAAAGUAUUAUUGUUCCAUGGUGCGAAGAAAGGCCUCAAAAGAAACGCUCAGGUUGCGACCGGUCCACGAACAAAGUGAGGGGUCACGGUAUCCAAACUCUCGAAACCAUGCUUACCGAGAAGGACCACCAGAUCGGUGUCAAUGGUCUCGAUCGUCCUCCCUGUGCUGUGGCAGCUGAAACCAAGCAACAGCUUGGCGACGGCGGAAGCAACGACGCUCGCCUUACCAUAUCCGACGCCGAUCUUGUGAACAAGGAACCCCCAACGCAAACGGACGCCAGAAAGACAGAAAAGGCGGUAACGUCGCAUAUCAAGUCAAAGCGCGAGUCUUUUUCACGAUCCAAAUGCCGUCACGAGAAACGCAAGUCAAAGCCUGACGUCGGAAGCCACCAUGGCUCAAGUAUACCAGCAGCCACAGAACGGGCUACGAAAAUUAAGAAGCUUGCCUCGAUCGAUGGCAGUGACAAGGAAAAGCAAGCCGGAAAGCGACCGCCUCAGGAAGACACGCGUAUCAAGCUGGCAAAAACACACUCGGGGCAAGUGUUGCAGCAACCUGAAGCCUCGAAGGCCCACGUGAACGGGACAGCGCGCGAAGAUGCGAAAGUACCUGAAGCUUACAAUUUGACUGAGCCUGAGAAGCAAGCCACUACCAAGGACAUCGGCCCCAUUCGGGAUUCCCCAUCUGCGCAGAGCAGAGUACCAUCAAGCCAGAAACCGCAUCCCGCGCCUAGCACCAGCGGUCCUUCGGCGCGUAGAGCUAGAAGCAAGUCGGUAGCGAGCACGCAAUCAGCCAGGCGGAAGCAAUCUGUCGUGUCUUUCGGUGCCGAUGUGAAGGAACUGAGGCUGGAAGCAGAGCUACUGCAGUCUCUCCCAGAAGCGCCCAUGGCCUUGGCGCAUCUAAAGGAAAUGACUGCUACAGGCUCGCGGAAGAGGCGCCGGUCGACCAUCCCGAGGACUUCCAGCUCUAUGGCUGUACUACGACGGUCAUCCUCAGCUGACUUUGGUGACACACGAAACGCUGCCAUCAGACCCGUGGACCCCUAUCCCGGUGUUGCGCAGUCACGCCUUCAAAGCACUUGCAGCCGCACUUCUCGGCGCUCGACGGGCAGCUUGGCGACGAUACUUGACACUGACGUGCGUGAACAGAGCCGGCAGACUUUCACACUGCGACGCACAAGCCGCCUACGCAGCUUAGGUGGCGAGGAGACCACCUCCCGCAGCGCGGACUACCGUCCGUCGAUGAUCGGGAGCCAGAUAGGAACGCAGUUCAUGACUACGGUUCGAAAGACGAAAGUCAGGAGCGUCCGCACGGACGUUCACAACGCCUUCCUGCUAGGCCCGUCGCUCAUGACCGUGCUGGGUAACAUCUGCAGUUUCCACGAGGGCAGCAACAAGAGGGCUCUAAAAGUCGCCUGUCACGUGGUGGAAGGGACUGCCCAGCCGCCAGUGAACACCUUCAUGUGGGCGAUAGUGACUCUGCCUGGAGCAGUUCUGGCGCUUGUAACGUGCACCACCGUCAUUUGGCUGCUCUACGUAAGGCCUCAUGAACCAGCACCCUUGUCGCACGAGAACGUGGCGGUCAUAAGAGCUGCUCAAGAGAGGAGCGCAGUCAGGGGAAGGCCAAGAGGUGUGGAGUUCGCAUGCGCCACGUACCUGGCUAUCUUUACACUGUCGUACGCACCUUCACUCGUACUCGGCCUGGAACAGAGGAUGGCCGUGGUGGGCGCACUGGCUUCCAUGAUGAUAGCGACGAGUGUCCUGACAUCGUGCAUUCGAGCCGCAUUCGAGUUCCUGCGCCACGUCUGGCAGAUCCUGCCCUGGGGAAUCCUGCUCCUACUAGGAGCGACUCAGGUGGCCUCGAAGCUGCUACAGACUCACGGUCUUCUAUUCGAGGCGUUCAAGUCGGUGUCCAUGACGGCCUGGGAGGAGCGCAGCGUUCUGGAGGUGCAAGCCAUGCUGGCAUUCGCCGCGUCGGUCAUGGCUGAGACCACCGACAAGCAGGUCAUCGUCGACAUCAUGGCGCCCAUGGUGAUACACAUCUCCGAGCUGAAGCAGAUGCACCCGGCGUACUACGCUAUCCCAGUCAUAGUAGGCGCCUCCAGCAACUUCAUCAUGCCUGCAUCGGUGCCACUCGCCAUUUUGCACGACCUUUCGAGGGUGUCCUUUUGGAAGCUGUUCCUUCUCGGUAUGUUCGCCAAGAUUGUGGUCAUGAGCAUGGUCAUUGUGGCCGUCAACGUGGUGGAGAGGGCCGGAUUCCUCGGCGGCCAGGCGCCUGCGCAAUGACAGGCCUUCCUCCGGGGCGCUGUAAAU